AUGCCAUCUAACUUGAAGCUCUCCAGGAAGCCAGGGAUGUCACGUCCAUGCCGGUGCUCAGAGCUCCGCCGAUGUCGGCCCCACACUCCAGAGGCAAGCCGCCUCUGGGAUCACCACAGUUGCCACCGGCCUGAUACCAGUCUCGGUCGAGGGAACAUUCCUGACCCCGCUCACCACCCAGCAACUGUACAGGGCUCAGUCCAUGUGGAUUGCCCUCGACGCUGUCCAGACUGUCCAGAUGGGUGCCGUCCGACCAGGACUCUCGGCACCACUCGUCUUUGCGAAGAAAAUAUCAACAGGUCCAUGGCAGAUGUCACCAAUGGUCCUCGUCUUGCAGGAGAUACCGCUGUCGGUCGUGGCACGAUCGUCUACGCCAUUCCUGCUCGGACUCCCGUUCCAAGUCUCCGCCAAGGCACUGUAGUCCUGGGUGUCAAUCAUUGGCAUCUCGCCGACAUGGGUCCGCCCGUUGAGGCUGUUCAUGGAGCAGCUACUACCAUCAGUGCCACUCCUCUGCGUCGAGAUCAUGGUCCCAUGGCUGACAUAGGUCCCGGCACCGCUGAUACUCCCGGUCCAGAGGCGGCAGCGGAUCAUACGCCAGCCUGGCCUCCCCUCGCAGCCGCCCGUCUACAAGCCAAGCUAGCCAGCCCAAACAGCCGGCCCCACCGGGCCUCAGCAAGCGCAAUGGCACCAAGCAUCUGGCCGGCCAGUGGGCACCUUUGCCUCCAGCGCAGCCCCCAGUGGAGGUUCACUUGGUGGCCGGGGCCUUGGAAGCACUGUCGGCGUCCAUCUUUAGACCGCCAGAAAAAAGGUCGGUGGGACCUGUGUCCUUGGUACCGUGCCAGGAGUCCAACCAGGUGGUGGAUCCUCCAGUGCCGGAUGACACCCAAAGUACAGCACCAGCUUCAUCACAUCCAGAAUAGCUGA